AUGUUAGAUUUUCUCAAGACAACGACGCCAAUAACGAAAAGCUUCAUGCUGAUACCACGGAUAAGCGGUCGCAUGUGUGGCAUUUGGCCACAACGUCAUUAUACCUGCAUCAAAUCAUCGCUUUUCGUGUUCAGCACAUUUGUGGUGGGUAUCGGUGCGGUGGGUGAGAAUCUUUAUGGCGUUGUGUAUUUGGAUGACUUGGUGUCUGCCCUGGAAGCCUUUUGCCCCGGCGUGACUAAGGUCAUAUCGCUUUUGAAGAUAUUGGUUUUCUUCACCUACAAUCGUCAAUGGUAUGACAUUGUGCAACGGAUGCGCAAAAUGCUAAUGGCUGAAAACCAUUGUAAGGAGAAAAUGGAAAUCGUCGAACGAUUUGCCUCAAUUGGCAGUAUCUACAGCUUCAUACUCAUCACAUCUGGCAUGACAACGAACAUUUUCUUCAAUAUACGCCCUCUUGCGGCAAAUCUUAUGCGCUACCUGCAAAAUGAGCCGCUGCAGCAUGUGCUUCCUUUCAAUAUAAUUGUACCGGAAAUAUUUGUAAAGUAUCCCCUAUUUCCCUUUACAUAUGCCAUGCUAACAUCAUCCGGUGCCAUGACAGUGUUCACAUUCAGCUUCUGUGAUGGCUUCUUUGUGUGUGCCUCCAUGUACAUGUGUGGUGUGUUUAGUAUGCUGCAGCACGACAUACGCAGCAUAUUUGCAGAGCUAAGUGAAUGUGAAACAUCAACUGUGGCCCAAAAUCAACGUUUCCGCCAACAACUUUCUGCCAUUGUGGAGCGUCAUAAUGCGAUCAUCGAUUUAUGUACAGAUUUUACGGCAAACUUUACCCUUAUCGUUUUGUUGCAUUUCCUGUCGGCAGCAUUAGUUUUAUGCUCAAGUCUUUUGGAUUUAAUGUUGAAUUCCGCCUCGCUUGGUCUAUUGGUCUAUGCCUUCUACAGCGUUGCAGCACUGACGCAACUAUUUCUCUAUUGCAUUGGGGGCAGUUAUGUACGUGAGAGUAGCAUUUCAGUGGCAGAUACGUUGUAUGACAUCAAGUGGUACAAGUGUGAUGUUGAAACUAGAAAAAUGAUUUUAAUGAUGUUGCACCGUUCUCAAAAGGCGACAACGAUUGCAGUGCCAUUUUUUACGCCAUCACUGUCGGCCUUCAGUUCGAUUAUAAGCACAACGGGUUCCUACAUUGCAUUGCUGAAGACAUUUUUGUAA